AUGCUGCGCCGCGCUCUGCUCCGCCUGGCCCUGGCCCUGGCCGUGCUGGCCCGCGCGGGCGCUGCGCCCGAGGAGGAGGACCACGUCCUGGUGCUCAACAAGGGCAACUUCGAGGAGGCGCUGGCGGCCCACAAGUACCUGCUGGUGGAGUUCUACGCCCCCUGGUGUGGCCACUGCAAGGCCCUGGCCCCCGAGUAUGCCAAAGCGGCCGGGAAGCUGAAGGCCGAAGGCUCCGAGAUCAGACUGGCCAAGGUGGACGCCACGGAGGAGUCGGACCUGGCCCAGCAGUAUGGCGUCCGCGGCUACCCCACCAUCAAGUUCUUCAAGAACGGAGACACGGCUGCCCCCAAAGAGUACACAGCCGGCAGAGAAGCUGACGACAUCGUGAACUGGCUGAAGAAGCGCACGGGCCCGGCGGCCACCACGCUGCCGGACGGCGCCGCCGCGGAGGCCCUGGUGGAGUCCAGCGAGGUGGCCGUCAUCGGCUUCUUCAAGGACGCGGAGUCGGACGGGGCCAAGCAGUUCCUGCUGGCGGCGGAGGCCGUGGACGACGUGCCCUUCGGGAUCACGUCCAGUGGCGACGUCUUCUCCAAGUACAAGCUGGACAGGGACGGCGUCGUGCUCUUCAAGAAGUUCGACGAAGGCCGGAACGACUUCGAGGGGGAGGUCACCAAGGAGAAGCUGCUGGACUUCAUCAAGCACAACCAGCUGCCGCUGGUCAUCGAGUUCACCGAGCAGACGGCCCCCAAGAUCUUCGGGGGCGAGAUCAAGACGCACAUCCUGCUGUUCCUGCCCAAGAGCGUGAGCGACUACGAGGGCAAGCUGAGCAACUUCAAGAAAGCCGCCCAGGGCUUCAAGGGCAAGAUCCUGUUCAUCUUCAUCGACAGCGACCACACCGACAACCAGCGCAUCCUCGAGUUCUUCGGCCUCAAGAAGGAGGAGUGCCCGGCCGUGCGCCUCAUCACGCUGGAGGAGGAGAUGACCAAGUACAAGCCUGAGUCGGACGAGCUGACGGCGGAGAAGAUCACCGACUUCUGCCACCGCUUCCUGGAGGGCAAGAUCAAGCCUCACCUGAUGAGCCAGGAGCUGCCCGAGGACUGGGACAAGCAGCCGGUGAAGGUGCUGGUGGGGAGGAACUUCGAGGAGGUGGCGUUCGACGAGAAGAAGAACGUGUUCGUGGAGUUCUAUGCCCCGUGGUGUGGUCACUGCAAGCAGCUCGCGCCCAUCUGGGACAAGCUGGGGGAGACGUACAAGGACCAUGAGAACAUCGUCAUCGCCAAGAUGGACUCGACGGCCAACGAGGUGGAGGCGGUCAAAGUGCACAGCUUCCCGACGCUCAAGUUCUUCCCAGCCAGCGCAGACCGGACGGUCAUUGACUACAACGGGGAGCGGACGCUGGAGGGCUUUAAGAAGUUCCUGGAGAGCGGCGGCCAGGACGGGGCCGGGGACGACGACGACCUGGAGGAUCUGGAGGAGGCGGAGGAGCCGGACCUGGAGGAGGACGACGACCAGAAAGCUGUGAAGGACGAGCUGUGA